AUGACGAUAAAUCGUGUAGUAUCAGUAUUUUCGAUAGCAGUGCAUAUAGGUCUGUUACUUGUUUAUUUAGUUGUAACAUGUUACGGUAACGUACUCCCAUAUGCGGCUGGAAGGCAAAUUUCGAAACGAGUGAUAAAUGGUCAAGCAACAGGUAACGGUGAACACCCAUGGCUAGUCAGACUCUCGGAGGGAAACCGACAUAUUUGUGGAGGUACACUAAUAAACGAGUGCUAUAGCCUUACAGCUGCACAUUGCUUGAAAUUAUUUAAUCCUAACAAGGUGACACUCGGUGACCACUCGAGGGCUAAUGCCGAGGCAGGUGAAAACAUAUACACGAAGGGUGACCCAGCAGAGGGGCAACAAACGUGGAAGGACAAACCUCACCCUGAUGCAAAUGCAGCCAACAGCUAUAUGCCAGAUAUAGCUCUGAUAAAGCUUGAUCCUUGCAUUACUGAAACGCCGAAGAUCAAACCUAUCUGCCUAGCAUCUAAACAGCCAAAGCCUGAAUGUGAAGUGACUGUUUACGGAUGGGGUAGCAAAGAUGCCACAAAGCCGAAUGAAAUAGAAGAUAAACCACUGAAGAGAACUGAAAAGAUAGAAGAAUGUAAUGCAGAAGGUGGUAUGUGUAUAACCAUCGAACCUAUGACAGCAUUCCACGGUGAUUCCGGCGGUCCUCUUAUAGGCAAAGGGAAAGAUGGAAAAGACUGUCAGGUUGGAAUAGUGCGUGGUAGAAAACCUGGAGAGGCAGAUCUUUUCAUGGACGUUUCUAAAUAUUUGGAUUGGAUUAAAAAGCAGAUAAAAGAUGACCCAUGUCCAUGUGAUAACCCAACUGAACCAAAAAACUGUGAAAUUGUGAAACCUGACGAAGAUGACACUGAUGGUGGUUCUGGUGACGGUUCAGGCGAUGGUUCAAAUGAUGAUAAUGGCUCUAACAAGAAAUGCCCACGUCCCGAGAAGCCACAAAAUGGAAAGGCAAAAUUCAAAAAGCUUACUCCCGGGAGUACUGUCAAAUACUUUUGCAAGAAAGGGUUCAAAUUGGUCGGACAGGCGAAGCAAAAAUGUGAAAAUGGACGAUGGUCUGGAUAUACACCUGUUUGCAAUAGGAUUAAGCGACGCGUUUUUUGCCCCGAUAUUGUGCUUAGUCCCAACAUCUUCAUCAAAUCAGGCCAACUGACCAAUAAUCGGGCAGGAGCUCGGGUCACAUUUGAAUGCAACCAUGGAUACAAAAUGGCAGGACGGAAAGUGAGGCCAAGAAUCACCUGCUCAAGACGCCUGAAAUGGAGUGGACGGGUCCCUAGAUGUAUCCUGUCACUUCAGCCUGGUUUAACCACUAAACGAUUCAAUAGAACAACAAAACCAGAGGACAAGACAACAAAAAAUACAACUCGAUCAAAUUCGUAUACAACAAGGGUAGACGAGACAACAACAUCGUAUACAGCAAGGGAAGACAAGACGUUGUCGUAUCCAACAAUGGAAGACGGGACAUCAUCGUAUACAGCAAUGGAAGACGAGACAUCAUCGUAUACAACAAUGGAAGACGGGACACCAUCGUACACAGCAAUGGAAGACGAGACGUCAUCGUAUACGACAAGGGAAGAUGAGACGUCAUCGUAUACGACAGGGGAAGGCGAGACAACAAUUCGAACAACUCCUCCUUACAUGUCUUUUCCCGCGGGCCCUUCACUGAUUAAAUAA